UAGUGCUGAGCUGUGAAAGACCUGUCUCUCUAUCUCUCUAAUAAUUCACACUGUUGUUUUUUAACUUCUUGUCUUCAUUUUACUCUUUGGCAUCGUUCAAAUCUCUCACUAUCUGCCAUUCUACUCAAAUGUAUGGUUCUUUGAAGCAAUGAAGACGAAGAAGAUGGCUCAGAUCUACGUCCUUUUUGUUCUUCAUUUUGCCUUCUUGUUUUUCACUAGUCUCUCUCACUCUUAUUCUUCCAACAGCGAUCUUUCAGACAAAGAAGUCCAUCUGAUCCGACAGCGACAGCUUCUCUAUUACCGCGACGACUUUGGCGACCGUGGCGAGAAUGUCGUCGUCGACCCAUCUCUCGUCUUCGAGAAUCCACGUCUUCGAAGUGCUUACAUAGCUCUUCAAGCUUGGAAACAAGCCAUUCUCUCUGAUCCAAACAACUUCACCACCAACUGGAUCGGCUCCGACGUCUGCAGUUACACCGGAGUCUACUGUGCUCCGGCGCUGGAUAAUCCACGGAUCCGUACAGUCGCCGGGAUAGAUCUCAACCACGCUGACAUUGCCGGAUACUUGCCUCAAGAGCUUGGUUUGUUGACGGAUCUUGCUCUGUUCCAUGUUAACUCGAACCGGAUUUGUGGAACCGUACCGCAUCGGUUCAACCGGCUCAAGCUUCUUUUCGAACUAGAUCUCAGCAAUAACCGGUUAGCCGGUAUAUUUCCCGCGGUUGUCCUCCAGUUACCGUCGUUGAAGUUUCUGGAUCUACGGUUUAACGAGUUCGAAGGACCUGUACCGAGAGAGCUCUUCAGUAAAGAUCUAGAUGCGAUUUUCAUUAACCAUAACCGGUUCCGGUUCGAGUUACCGGAUAACCUUGGAGAUUCACCGGUUUCCGUCAUCGUCGUGGCGAACAACCAGUUCCACGGUUGCAUUCCGACAAGCUUGGGCGAUAUGAGGAACUUAGAGGAGAUCAUCUUCAUGAACAAUGGGUUCAACUCUUGCUUGCCGUCGGAGAUCGGACGGUUGAAAAACGUCACCGUGUUUGAUUUCAGUAUCAACGAGCUGGUGGGGUCGUUACCGGCGAGUACCGGCGGGAUGGUUUCGUUGGAGCAGUUAAACGUGGCGCAUAAUAGAUUCUCCGGGAAGAUUCCGGCCAGUAUUUGUCAGUUGCCGAGACUGGAGAACUUUAACUUCAGCUACAAUUUCUUCACCGGAGAGCCGCCGGUGUGUAUCGGUUCUCCUGGGGUCGAUGAUCGGCGUAACUGUAUACCGGCGAGACCUGCGCAGAGAUCUCCGGGGCAAUGUGCGGCUUUCUUGUCUCUGCCGCCGGUGAAUUGUGCGUCGUUUGGAUGUGGGCGUUCAGUUACUCCUAGUCCUCGGCCUCCGGUUGUAGUUCCUUCACCGCCGACAACACCGUCUCCUGGUGGCUCUCCUCCUUCGCCGUCUAUCUCGCCAGCUAGUCCUCCGAUAGUGGUGCCUCCGUCUCCGAUUUCUCCAAUUCCUGGUCCUAUUACGCCAUCUAGUCCUCCUCCAAGCAUUGGUCCGUCUCCUCCGUUAACUCCACCCUCACCGGGUUCUCAGUCACCGCCUGGUUCCCCUAGUCCUCCGGGUGUAGUACCAUUUCCUCCUCCCACUCCGGUUUACUCUCCGCCAUCACCACCGCCGUCGACAGGGUUUUCUCCUCCAUCACCACCACCGUCGACAGGUCACUCUCCACCAUCACCACCACCAUCAACAGGUCACUCUCCACCAUCGCCAUCACCGUCAACAGGUCACUCUCCACCAUCGCCACCACCUUCAACUGGUUACUCUCCACCAUCACCACCGCCAUCGACAGGUCACUCUCCACCAUCACCACCGCCAUCGACAGGUCACUCUCCACCAUCACCGCCGCCAUCGACUGGUUACUCUCCUCCAUCGCCACCGCCAUCGACAGGUCACUCUCCCCCACCACCACCGUCGUCGACAGGUUACUCUCCUCCAUCACCACCGCCAUCAACAGGAUAUUCUCCUCCAUCACCUCCACCGUCGGGAGGUCACUGUCCUCCAUCACCUCCACCGUCGACAGGACACUCUCCUCCAUCACCACCACCACCGCCGCCGACAUACUACCCACCGCAGCCAUCUCCAUCACCUCCUCACUCUCCGUCGCCACCCCAAUUUUCAACCCCACCGCCAGCUCCUUACUAUUACAGCUCACCACCACCGCCGCCACAUUACUCGUUACCUCCACCACCGCACUCACCACCACCACCGGUUUAUCACUAUCUAUCCCCACCACCUCCACCAACGCCAGUAUUUUCUCCUCUGCCACCUUGCAUAGAACACUCUCCGCCUCCACCUCCGGCCGUACAUUACACUCCUCCGCCGUCACCUGUUUACCACAACUCACCUCCACCACCACCACCGGCCGUCCACUAUACUCCGCCGCCAUCUUCGCCACCUCCGCCGGUGAUUCACCAAAGCCCACCACCGCCACCUCCUGGUUACGAGGGACCACUACCGCCGAUUCCCGGAGUAUCAUAUGCUUCUCCUCCACCGCCUCCCUUCUAUUGAUUCUUUUCAGGCUUUUUCUCACUACGGGUCCCGUCCAUUAUGCUAAAACCCGAAACCGAAACGUUGUCGUCUCACAUCGAAGUUAGAAUACGGCGUCGUUUACAACAUUUAUUUCAGAGGUAUGUGUAGUGUGGACUGGUGAGAGAUUCUCUGAAAGAUAUAUAUAUUCGCCAGGAGGAAAAUUAUUAAGAAGAUAAAUUUGGCGUUGCGAGGAAAUAUUAUGUAUAAGAGAAAUUAUUAAAAAGUGGAGCAACUCAUCUUUAUGCUCCUUGUAUCUUUCAUUAGUCUUGUUUAGCUUAUAAAAUAAAAAGCAUUGUUGCUUAAAUUGUUUUGUAAUUUUGUCUUAUAAAUUAAACUCCUCUUGAAAUUUUGUUUUCAUAUGUUUUGUAUUUCGCAUUUCUAUUUAAAAGCAUUUUUAAGA